AUAAAAAUCUGGAUAAUUUUUUAACUAUAAAUGAAAAGCCAGAAAAUUUUCUUGUUAUAAAUGAAGAGAAUGAAAACCAAAAAUAUUUUAUAGAUGAAGCAUCAAAUAAUUUUAUAAAUAAAGAAGCCAUAGAUUCUGAAUUUGAA